AUGUCUGAGGCAAAGUUAAUAAAGAUAUAUGGCAAGUACCUUUCCACAACUGAAGACCUGCAGUCCGAUAAGUCUACCGCUAGGCAGGCCGGUGCAAAGGAACUUCGCGAUAGGAUUCUCAAGUCCGACUUUAUAUACAGCAUCCCAGAGAAGGGAUACAAUAAAAUGCUCGAAAAUUUAUUUAAAGCCGCCAUAGCUGAAAAGGCUGCGGCCUCCCGACAAGCCAAAGACACGACUCGCAGGGUGAAUAUUGCCAAAGUUGAAGACUACACCGAGACGAUCAGGAUGGUGGUCGAGAAAUGCAGCAAUCGGUUGAAUUAUAAAGCUGUCAAGGCUUUAGUAGCGCAUUGUACCCAGAUGCUGCUAGCGAUCCAUGAGGACCAGUACAAUUCUGUCGUUGAGGAAUAUAUUCGAGUCUUGAGUUCGCUUUUCGUGAACCGCUCUCACGCCGAACAUCUGCUUAAAGACGAUUGGGUCGAACUAGUUCUACUUUGCUGCCAGUAUCUUGAAGUCCGCAUAGAGAAAGAGCGCAGCUAUGUACCGAAACCUGGUACUUCGAAAGACCGAAACGAGGGGUUUGGUAACAUUGGUACUAGUAUUUUGAACCUUCUCCAGACGGUAACUUCGACGCCACAGGCCUUCAUUGUUGAAGGAGAUCAUUUGCCCCAACUGGUAGACAUCGUUUUGAUUGUCUAUGAGCUUCGUCCCACUGAGAUCAAUGCUCUUCUGACUCUCAAUUCGGUACUCGAGGCUUUGACAGCUAACCACCUGGAGUAUACCGCAAAAAUCGUGAGACGAACGACGGCAUAUUUUGCUGGAAAUUGGGAGAACACAAAAUCAUUUGCGAUGAAAGAGCACCUCGUGGUCCAUCUGAUUCUCGGACUUCCUCACAUACACUCCUUGCUAAAAUCUCCCUCGGAGAGCGUGCUCCGCGGAAAUCUUACAGCAGUCCUAGGGAAGAUAGCCACGGGGCAUACGAGCGGUCCCAGAAAGAAUCUGUUGGGGAUCAAUGAAAUUGCAUUUGAAUGCUUGCUACCCUCGAACCCUAUUCAAAACGGUCCAUUGCGGACUUCCACAUUCGCACUUCGCCCCGGGGCUUCGGGAGUUCAAAAUGAACAUGGCUGGAUGAUUCCACAGCUAAUGGCGUCUAUCAUUUACAUCCUCCAGCAGGAUUUUGAAGAAAAUACCCAAGCCAUGGACAUCGAUAAUAUCGGCGGCGUUGGCAUAAAACGACUGAGGCUUGGUUCCAAGUUGGACGAUACACUUCGUGAACUUAAAGACCCACAGGAGGCUUCUAGAAUUCUGGCGAUGCAAGUCCUUAGCUUCUAUUUCGAUAAAUGGAUUCCUGAUCUUGCAACAGCAGAAAGAGGGCUUGAGACAAUUGCACGGUUGUGCUCAAAUGAAGACACUGGAUGCGCAUCAUGGGCAAUGCUCGUCUUGGCAGUUGUUUAUUCAAAUCCGAAUUCUAAAGAACUCGUGAAGUCAUUGAAUAACCUGGAAUUGUGGAAAACUGCAAUGGGGAAUAUAACUUCUCCUUCGGCAUGCCGCUCGGCCUGCCACUUGCUUCGGAUCAUGCUAUCGGAGAAUAUUUUGGCGUUCACGGAAGUUAGAGAUUCUAUUGAUGACCUUGUAUCAAAAGUCGAGGCACAUGGUCCUGCCCUUGUCGCCGACUCCACUAUUGCAUUUUGGCAUGAAAUAGUUAGACGCCGAAGAGAGAAUCCCGCAAUUUCGAAAGUUCAUCUCGAAACAAGACUCUUUCAAUGGUUCCUGAUGAAAUGGCGACCGGGAACCAUGUGGGGAGAAACUGAAAACAAGGCAUCUGUCCCAGAAAUUAGCUCCAUUGUGUCGCUUUGCUGUGGGCAAGAGUACUAUCCCUACACUAUAUACCCCGAUGCUGUAAGCGGGACCAUUGGGCAAACCAUAGAAAGGAGCUCUGCCUCUCUAAACCCUCUCUCUUUCCUACUUCUCAGAAACGUGGGCUCGGAAGACGCUCCAAAGUCGCAGGGCCCCUCAACUAACAAAUACUGGACCAAGCCAGCCGUCACGAAGAGGUCUACGGAAGCUGAGACUCAAAUGAUUGAAUUCUCAAGUCAACAACUCGAUGAAUUUUACGAGAAAUGGCCUAUAUCGCAAGACAAAGAGAAUACAAAAAACAUUAGUCGGAGUGGUGCAGAGGGAGUGACUGAUUUCCUCGCCGUCAUCUCGAUUUUCGGCUCCUUCCUUAACCAACCUGAGACGAAGACCACCGAAACAUUCUUUAAAAAGCUAACAAGGGUUAGAUCAACUUUUGAAGACUAUUUUAGUUGGAAGAGAAUUGAUGUCGAUGUUAUCAGUGGUAUUAUGUCGAGGGUGAAUAAAUUCUUACCACGGAUUGCCAGUCACACGAAGGGGUUGGAAAACCAUCGAUGGAAACUAGCUGAGGACAAUGCCCUGACUCAAUUUCUCUCGACGCUCGAUGUUGUCAUAUCAUCAAAACUACAACUGGCUAGGCUAGGGUUAGGAGACGAUGAAGACAGUGACGGGAUGGACCUCGACGAUAUCCUUGGAGAUGGUACCACUGCAGAGGAGCAAGCCUUUAACGACAUGCCUAGGGAGCUCUACGAGGCGAUUGGUUCCAUAAAUACUUCAAAGAUGACAAUAUAUGAGGCCCUCCGCUUCCAUGCGUCAGUAUCCCAGGAGCGAGACUCUAACAAAGCAUAUACGGAAUUUGCACUAUUCCUAGCAAAGCUGUCUCCGGUCCAACUAAUAUUAUCAAGACCCAUAAUAGACGAGUUCUUAGGUCUAGAAUUGAACCUCUCAAGGAGCGAGCUUGGUGUUUUGGUUGAGUCAAUCGGCAGCAAGUUGCUCUCUGUUUACGACUAUGAAAGAUGCGAAGUUGGAACAAUGAUUUGCAUCGGCAUACUAACCAAUCUCACAAAGCUAUGGGCACCCCAGAAAAAUGACGACGCAUUGUAUAACAACUGCGGCUCGAUAUAUAACUGGCUCAUUUUGGCUGCAUUAGAUAAGAGAGCCUUGUCGUACAAGAUACGUAUGGCCAUUGCAAAGUUACUGAAAGAUAUGCUCUCUGUGAAUAUGGAGUACGGACAGACGCAGGGGUCAAAAUCUUUGAAAACAAACUUCCUCAGGCUGCUACAAGAUGAGGAUAUGCGGGUGCGAUAUUUGAUGGCCGACUACCUGCCAACUUUGUUUUCUCUCUACUCCAUCGAGCUCCAUGCUCGUGUCUACGAUGAUGUGACGAAGUAUCUCGAAGCGGAUAUCGACAAUCUAGAAGGGCUUGCUAUGAGAGUACACAGCUUGUCGAAGUUAAUAUCGGCUUCAUUUCAUGUUAUGAAAAAUGCUGUUUUCCAUAUCUUUGAAACUGCAUGGAAGGUUCCACACUCCAAACCAUAUGCAACCCGUGCGAUAUCGAGCGUGGCGAAAACUAUCAAGAACGGCGACCCUAAAGAAGUAUUCGGGCUCUUUAAAUCACAUCUCAUUCACCUCUUCUUACAAGAGGACGCAAAGCUUAAUGACGAGUUUCCAUUCUCGAUAUUCGGAUACGCCACUCUCGCAGAACUCUAUGCGGAUGCAGAGGAGGAGCUUGUUGCCCAACUUCUUAUGUUCAGCCGAGACGACGAUGCGAACGAGGUUUCGGAAACCCUCCAGGUUCCCUACGAAUCUUUGAUCCGAAAUAGUUUCCACAAAAUCAUAGCAUACAGCACGGCAUGGGCGUCGAGUUCUGGAAAAGAUAACAACCAGAGAUCUGGCAAAGGCACUGCGGAUGGAAGAAUUCGAAAGCGUCUUGGAGACGGACCUUAUAGUGAGCUCGUGAGCGAGAAACUAGCAUUGAUCCUUUCUACAUUCUUUGAAAUUUACACCGAGGAUGAUGACGCCGAAAAGUCGACGCAAACAAGUCAAGAGGAUGGUGGAAAUCGAGAGCAUCAUCUCGCCCGGAACGGUGCCUUAGGUGCCGCUUGGGACGUUAUGAAAUCUAUCCUUCUGAUCAAUCACUCGACUACAAAACUUGGCCAGGUUACCAAACCGGCUUUCAAACCGAGGGUUAUCGUUACGUCAGUUAACUACAUCUGCAGCAAGGUCAACCUUGGAAACAUUGGUACAAUGUGGGAUGCUCCUCUUUAUACAUUCAUCGUGAGGCGACAGCUAGAGAUGAUUCGAGAGUCACUAGGAAGUAUGCAGAGUUGCGUCGUUAUCCGCACUAUUCGAUUCAUCAUCUCACUUGCAGGGAGAGUAGCAGUCGAAGGCUACCCACUGGAACUCGCUAUCCAUGGCCUUAUACCAUAUCUCACCGACCCUGUAUGCACUAGAGAUACGAUCGGUAUCCUUCAAUACUUGUUCACGUCCGGCCAAGACCACCUUAUUAAGGUUCCAAAUUUCGUAUUGUCUUCCAGCCUUACGAUUCUGGCUUCUAUGAACUCCUUCAUUGACACCGAAGUAUCUACACCAGCGAAACAAGCACAGAUGUUGGAUUGUAGGGAUGGUGCAGUCGCAUUUAGGAGAUGGCUCGCUGAAUACUUACAGACUUAUAAAUCAUCGACUAUCAAUGAGAACCAACAAUCCACUUUCCAGUCCAUCUCGAGCGCGAUUAUCGAUAGCCAGAACCCUGGGUCGGAUAAUAUCCUUCUCAGAAGCCUGCUGCGAGACGAAAAUAGCAAUUCCGAGAAGCUGUUGAAUGAGGUGACAAAACGAACGGCCUAUGCUAUCCUUGGAGCUAAUUUCCAUAGAUCCCUUUUCACUGCCCAAAAGUGGGUCCAAAGUGACAAGGAGGCUCUCAACAUUGGCAGGAUCCUUUUUCGAAUCUGUCGCAGCUUUCCAACAAGUGAUGAAUUUCUCCUUUGGUCAGCUCGAGUUUUCGGACGCUCGUUUGCAGCUAGUGGGAUAGUUCUUGACGAAUGGACGCAGGAGAGUAGGGUCAAAGACCUGUUAAUUAAGGAUUCUCAGGUUCUACCCGAAGGGACUGCGUCUAAGAUCUCUUUACUGAGGCUCGUCGAGACCUAUCUAACUAGCGCAGCGAAAGACGAAGUUGGAGUAGCGGAGUCGACUAUUCGCAACAUAGUUUUCCGAGAUGCAUCUUCGGGGAACGGCAAGGAAAGCAUUGUCGAAAAAUACGUUUCUGGUCAAGUUAUCACCGCCAUGCGAUGGAUGGCAAUGCAGCCGCCCUUGUACUCACUUCCAGACGGACCGGCGAGGUUACCGGAAUCAUUGAGGGUUUCGAAGCGAACUGAUUUGCCGGAACUAAAGACAUGGGUUAAACAAGUUGCUAUCUGGUUAUCUAGCAAUAUCCAGGACGAUAGCAUAUCUGCCAACUUACGACCACUAUUAUCGGCUGUAGACGACUUUUCAGAGAAAGCCUUACCUUACCUACUUCAUAUCGUGCUUCUAGAACAAAUAUUAAGCGAUCAGAAGCAGGUGAGAACACAGAUUUCGACCUUAUUUGAUGACUGCUUUUCGAACUGCUCGCCAGAUGUGAUUCCUUAUACCUCGAUCUUGCUAGAAGGAGUACUAUACUUGCGAACUCAAAGGGUGCCCGACGAAGCUACACCGUCUGAACGAGACGAUUGGAUCGAGCUGAACUAUCGAGAUGUCGCCCGAGCAGCGGCAACCUGCAAUCUCUUCAAAAUCGCUUUGAUGUUCGUCGAACUUCAUGUUUCUCGUACAGGAAAGCCUUUUGAAGACACUGAUCUUCUCCUCAAGAUCUAUCAAAAUACCGGAGAACCCGACUCAUACUACGGCGUUCAAAAAACCCAAACUUUGAAAUCAGUUAUGCAAAGAUUUGCAUUCGAGAAUGACGGAUGGAAGAGUUUGUCUUUCCAAGGCGCACGGUUGGAGAACCAUAUGUUGCAUCUGCCUCCAGGAAAUCCGAUUUUUGACGCAGAGACUGGUGUCGGGACCGUAAACGCUUUAAGCGCAAUCGGUUUGAAUGCUCUAUCUUUCAGCACCCUACAAUCUCAAGGCGAAGCUGGGGGGGCUGGAGCAGGCGGGCAUGAGGAUAACACUUUCCAAACAGCUUGGAAACUUGAACAAUGGGAUCUUCCAUGUCCUGAUAGUUACACUUCCAACUCCAGUGGGAUUUACAAAGCCUUGCAAUCUAUAAAUAUCAAAACGGAGAUGAAGGCUGUUGCAACAUACCUGAACGAGCCAUACCUCGCAUGUUUACAGCAAGUUCUAUCCCCAGAAAGGACAAGCUUAGGGCUUUCAGCUAGCAUGCGGACAUUGGCAAUGCUAUGGGAAAUUGAAGAGGUUCUAAGUGCCGAAGAUGGUACCUCCUUACGCAGAAUAUAUGACAAUUUGUACUCUCGUGAUAAAUGGAUGGAAACUGGAAGCUUCCACGAUGUUGAUGACAUAUACUCUGCCCGAAUGGCAAUCUGCCGCUCCAUGGUCAAACGGGCCCACCUCAGAGCCAACGCGCGGGUCGAAAUUCAAUCCGCUCGACUCCUUGAAGCUAAGACGCUGAUCAAGAUGUGCCAAAUCUCACGCAGUCAUAGUAUCCUGCAAAAGUCAUUGACCACCUCGGUUUCUCUAAGUGAGAUGAUUGGACCAUGUAGAGACAUUGGAGUUGAAAUUGAGGCCGCGGCGACAUUAGAAGCUGCUAGCGUCUUAUGGGAUCAAGGGGAGACAUUACCAGCUAUAGGCAUGCUGCAGCCCUUACUUGAGAUGUCAAGCCAGGAUAGCAAUUACCUCAAGCAAGCUAUCCCAAUCGGUCGUCCAGAACUUCUCGCAAAGACGGCCACAUGGACUGCCGAGGCCCGUCUCAGAAAACCGGACUUUGUCAUGGAAGAAUACUUUGUGAGAGCCGUCAGUGAACUUGAAAAGGGUCUCGUAACUCCUGCAGAUGGUACAGUUUAUCACCAAUUCGCCAUGUUCUGCAACUCCCAAUUACAAGACCAAGGAAACCUUGAAGACUUCCAACGAGCCGAAAAACUCAUGAAACAAAAAGAGGAGGAAUACUUAGAGCUUGAACGUUUAGUCCGUUCCACUUCAGGUCCAAAACAAGAUAGUCUUCGCAAUUACCGUCAAAAAGCGAAAGUCCUUCUCACAAUCGACAGGGAAGAGUACGAACGCUUAUAUAACAAUCGUCAACUCUUCCUCGAAAAGAGUUUGGAACAUUACUUAAAAUGUCUAAUAACCUGCGACGACUACGACAGCGAUGCCACUCGCUUCUGUUCCCUCUGGCUCGAGCACUCUUCGAACGAAGGCGCAAAUGAAGCAGUAAACGCUGCCCCUCUGGCGAAAGUAGCAUCCAGAAAAUUCAUCCCAAUGAUGAACCAACUUUCUUCCCGUCUACUCAACGAUGAAGAUUCAUUCCAAACGCACCUCUUCCAACUCAUAUUCCGUAUCUGUAGGGAUCACCCGUAUCACGGCAUGUACCAAAUCCUUGCCUUGGACCGACAAGCAAUCCGAAGAGACAACAAAGAUCCCUCCGCCGUAGGCCGUCAAGCAUCAGCAAAACGUCUACUCCGCAUGCUCGCCGAAGAUGGGGCCUCAAGCAUCCUAACCCACAAUAUAAGCCUAGCCACGCAGCACUUCAUGAAUCUCGCACAAGAAAAGGUAGAAAAGAAAACCAGCAGUGUAUCAUUCAGAAGACUUUUCCCACGACACUGGAAACUCUUCGACCAAGACAUUCCUAAAUGCAAAAUAGCACCUCCAACGAUGCGUGUGGAAAUUCGUGCCGACUGUUCUUAUACAAAAACAGCAUUUAUGAAAAUGUUCGAACCGGAUAUUGGUAUCGCAUCAGGUAUCAGCAUGCCCAAAAUCUUGGCCUGUAGAGCAUCAAACGGUCAACGUUACAAACUCCUCGUCAAGGGUGGAAACGAUGACCUUCGUCAAGACGCAAUCAUGGAACAGGUCUUUGAACAAGUCAGCGAGUUACUCCAAAAGAGUAGAAUCACCCGCCAAAGAAACCUUGGUAUCAGAACUUAUAAAGUCGUCCCAUUAUCUACCACAAGUGGUAUUAUAGAAUUCGUCCUCCACACGGUUCCACUCCACGAAUACCUCCUUCCAACCCAUGAACGCUAUAGGCCGAAGGAUUGGCGAGCCGGACAAUGUAGGAAUGAAAUUCAAAAAGCACAAGAUAAAUCACGUGAAGUCAGGGUCAAAGUCUUCGAACAAGUAAUGAAGUACUUCCAACCCGUCAUGCGAUUCUUCUUCUUCCACAAGUUCGUGGGGCCGGAUGAAUGGUUCAGCAAACGUCUUGCAUACACAAGAAGUACAGCUGCAAUAUCAAUCUUGGGCCAUAUCCUAGGCCUAGGGGAUCGUCACGGUCAUAAUAUCUUGUUAGACGAGCGAAGCGGAGAAGUAGUACACAUCGAUUUGGGCGUGGCAUUCGAACAAGGCCGCGUACUACCCGUCCCAGAAGUCGUCCCCUUCCGAUUAACAAGAGACAUAGUAGACGGCAUGGGUGUCACCAAAACCGAGGGUGUCUUCCAACGUUGUUGUGAAUUCACAUUAUCAGUCUUACGUGAUGAAGCAUACAGCGUCAUGACAAUCCUAGACGUCCUUCGUUAUGAUCCACUGUACUCGUGGACAAUUUCUCCGAUCAGAGCAAAGAAAAUGCAGGAGGAGUUGAGCGUGCAGAAUAAUGAUGCCGGGGCAAAGAAGACAGGGGAGACUACGAAUGCGAGUGAGGCAGAUAGAGCUUUAACUGUGGUUAUGAAGAAGCUGAGUAAGACCCUGAGCGUUCAAGCGACGGUGAACGAGCUGAUUACGGAGGCUGGCGAUGUGAGGAAUUUGGCCGUUCUGUACGGAGGUUGGGCGGCAUACGUAUGA